AUGAGGGCUUUCGAGUUGACAUUGGGGUUUUCUCAGUCGCAGUUGUCUACCCUGGCGACCGUGUCUACUAUGUCGCGCAUGGGUUGCUGUUUAAUUUGGGGGUUGCUGGCAGAUAAGUACAAAUCAAAUCAUGUCCUCGCAGCAGGUCUGUUAGUGAUGGGUAUGGCUUCGAUUAUUCUAAGUUCGGCGUCGCAGUAUAGAUCGAUUGUAUUCCUGCGCUUCUUACACGGCUUUGGCUUUGCUUGCGUCUAUCCCGUGCAACAGAAAAUCGUUGCGGAUUCAAAGGAAACAAAGAAACCAGAGGGAGCACCGGGAAAACCAGGAUCAGCGGGGUCAUCAGGUUCAGACGGAUCCACCGAAACAAAUGAUUCGAGAGAAUCAACGGAUGGAAAAAGGUACGUAUGGAUAUUGUUCGGUAUUUCCAUUGUAUUCGGAAUGGAAGGUCAGAAAUGCUCAUCUUCUAAUGCUACACAGGAUGUUCCACAGACGGGUGGUGGUGGUGAAAACAAACCAUUUUACGACUUACUAGCAGAUGCAGCCAAUGCGGUUUUUACGGGGGCAACAACAUGCCUAUUAAUAUUUACUUUGUUCAUCGCAGAAGCUCCAAUGUGUGCAUUUAAUUAUAUGACCAUAUACCUCCAAUAUUUGGGAGUAUCCGACACAAUGGCAGGAGUUGCCAUUGCGAUUACAUUGAUUGGCGGCGCAGUGGGAAGCGCAGCUGGUGGGAAAAUUAUAAAGAUAAUUGGAAAAUCAUUUGACGGCUAUGGUGAACUCAUUUCCGGAGGUGUAGUCAUGGUCGUCCGAAUAGUUGUGUCUCUAUUAUUCUUCUUAGGUGAGGCACCAUGUGGGAGGUUACUUUGGUAUCAUUACAUAGAGUUGGCAACGCUUGGUGGAACCUUGGUAACGAUAGGUGGUGUAGAUAGGGAACUUAUGAAGAAAGCAAUCAAAGAUGAGUACCAGGGUACAGCGGCUGCCAUGAUUCGAACCAUAUCCGGCAUCGCAAGUAGUGUGAUUCUCUUCCAGGUUUCUGCAUAUUUGACCGAGAAGGUGUUUGGCUACGUUCCCUCUAGGGAGUCUUUUGAAACCAUGGCUGCAGAAGUUAAAGAACGCAACGCCGAAGCGCUGAGGAAAUCAAUGAUGUACAUUAUUUUGGCUGGCACAUUACUCAACGUGGUUUGCUAUAUUGCGUUGGUUUUUACGUUUCCGGGAGAUAGGGAUAAAAUUAAGAACGGAAAUGGUCAGGCACAAUAG